GAAAAAAGAUUUUGUCUGAAUUAAGCAUUCGUAAACAGUGACAGGUAUAGUCUUUACAGCUUGGAUGGGCCCAGUGUUUGUAGAAGACGGAAAGAAGUGCAUGGAUCUUGACAAGUUACAACAGCCUGUUAUGAAAGAAUAUGAGUGCCCAUUUGACGUCACCAAGCCCUGUACCAAGCACUGUUCAAAUUACCACGGCCAGUCCAGCUCUCAGGAUCUAGGAACAGGCUACUUCUGGUACCCAUUUACUAGCAGCUGGUUUGACGUUUGUCAGUAGACUUUUAAUACAGGAAAAGUACUUUGUUUCCCUUGUUCUGGAGAACUAGUAAUGUUGCAGCAUGGACUUUUCCCCCUGUCGAUCUGGCUAGUUCUAGGAUGUGAUAAUGAUAUGAUAUUGUGUGUCAUGCUAUGCUUUCUCAGGGGAGUCAGAUGGCAUGAUCAAAGCAGCAGGCACAGCCCAUGUGUUGGUCCCCAGCAUAACAUGUGAUGACAUUCAAGCAGUUUAAUGUGACAACUGUUGAUGCCAGUCACUGGCAACAGGGAAAGAAUUUGCACAAUGUCGCUGAACAUUCUGCGUCACUCGUAUGUUCUGUUUCCUCAAGGUUCAUUUGGAUUUUUCAACGUCCUUGUUUGCUCACAUCCUCUAGUUCCCCCAUUUUCCAUGUUCUUCAUUUCCGUUCUGAGGUUUUGUUUGGAGGUGUGCGUGUUUGCUUUCCGCUUAUGCACACGACAUUUUCAAGCCUGUACUCAGUCAUGACAAGGAUUGGGCCACACUGCUGAGCUGCACUGACUGAUGCUUAAAUGGUCACUCUCUAAGAAUCCCUUUGGGCAUCAGUUUGGGUUAUUGAGUCUUUGAUUGAAGGGCAGCGACCGUGAAAUUACGGGAUUAAAAACCCCAGUGACUCCAGCCACCACUUGCACUUCUUCUGGUCCAAAUGGACAGGGAUGCGACGUAGGAAGACUGGGAGACGACUAGACACAACCAAACUAUACAGAUAGGACUAUUUUGCUACGGACUUCCUUGUACUUGAAACUACUGAAAGACAACUGAAGAAAGCGAUGGGGCGCAAGAAAAUCCAGAUUGCUCGGAUUGAUGAUGAACGCAACCGUCAGCAAACUUGGCACAUUUCCUGCACAGCCUGUGAAACUUGUGAAAGAAGAAAGUGGCUUCAGCUUUGCUGAGAAACUACAGGAAAAAUUAGUGCAGCUCGAUAACAACAUCCAGGUGACAUUCACAAAGAGGAAAUUUGGUCUGAUGAAGAAGGCUUAUGAGCUGAGCGUGCUGUGUGACUGUGAGAUCGCCUUGAUAAUCUUCAACAGCGCCAACAAGCUGUUCCAGUAUGCCAGCACAGACAUGGACAAGGUCCUGCUCAAGUACACAGAGUACAAUGAGCCGCACGAGAGCAGGACCAACAGUGAUAUUGUGGAGAUGUUGAGAAAGAAGGAGAACAAGGGUGAUGACCUAUGUGAUCCUUAUGACCAGGCCUUGAAUAAGAAGGAACACAAGGGGGGUGAGAGCCCAGAUGACCAGGAUGUGGAGCCGGGAUACAACUUGCUGACUCCUCGCACGGAAGCCAAGUACCAGAAAAUCAAUGAGGAAUUUGAUCGCAUGAUGCAGAUGAAUAUGAGGGGAGGAGUUGUUCUUCCGGGCCAGGUGACAAAUAUGCCCCCACAGAUGCCUGUAGCAGUACCAGUCACACAACAGCAGCAAAACAACAUCCUUGGGUACGGUGGUGCGUCCAACGUGCCCGUCUCCGUGCCCAUCAAUAACAUGGUAACAGGAGCUGGCCUCCUGCAACCGCCCCAACAAAUUCCCGCUCGCAAUGUGAGCCCCGGGGUCCAGCCCCAGCGCCCACCCAGCAAUGGAGUGCCUGGUGAGUGGGACGGUACGUUGAAUCCAAUGUGGUGUGAAGUAGCUCGGCAGAGGUCGCCCCAGCCCCACAUGAACAGCGUGAGCCCCAACCCCCAGCAGCAUCAGCAGCAUCGCCGCUCCCCGGGGGUUCAAGAUGGACGAUUUCUUUCCCCUCCUCCAGGUGCCAUGCUGGGGGCAGACCUUACGGGUACCAGUGCUGGCGCGGGUACUGCAGGAGACUGCGAGAUAAUCGGAACGCCCAACUCGCGUAGUUCUGCACACAGAAUGUGGGCACAUCCUAACUCGCAGCACCAUGCACGGAAUGGUUAUGUGAACCAGAACAGGGCCUCACCGGGUGUGAUGGUGAGCUCCGCGGCACAGUCCAAACAGCCCUCGCCUUCCUUACCUCGCAGUGGAGGCCAUCCCACCUUACGAGUCGCUAUACCAUCAUCCCGAGGGGUACUGCCUUCUAUGCCUCAACAGAACAUGAGAAAUGGGCCAAUCAGCACCAAUAACCAGUCGUUGUCCACCCCUGUGGUGUCUGUGGCCACACCCAGCAUGAACCCAGGCUUACCCAACUACCCUUCAGCGAUGCCCACUGCCUACAAUAAACUGGUUGAAAAACAGGGCGAAAAUACAUUGAUGACGUUGACGUGUUAUGACUUUGCUCUGAACAGCGCAGACCUGGUGGGGCUGGGGAAUUUCAGUUCUCCCAUCAGCUCGUGGCAGCAGCAACACCCCCUGUCGGCGGCGGUGCAAGCUGCAGGCAUACCAUCGGGUGGCCCGAGUACUACGCCAGCCACCUUAUCCCAAGGCCAGUCGCUGACCGUUCAGACCAACCAGGGUCCCAUGCAGAUCAAGAGUGAACCUGUUUCUCCGCCACAAGAUCGCCACACUCCAGCAGUCAACAACCAAGGGGGUCUCCACGCAAACAACACCUCACCAGUCAACAGCCUGUGCAGCAGUAGUUCCUCGUCACCGUUCCCUGCGGACGGAGAGGACAGAGGGGACGGGAGCUUCCACUCCCCGGGGGGAAGCAGAAUGAGAAAAGCAAUGGAGGACGGUGACAAUCCUGCUGCAAAGAGACCCCGACUUAACGACAACUGGGGGACCUAGAACGUGAUGACAAGCUCUCAGAAAGGGAAAAAUUCCUUCAACCAAAAAAAAAAGGAAAAUGACUAGAGAAGGGAGGUGGAGGUGCUUUGUAACUGUGUGCCAUUUAUGUUCCUGUGCCUUCGCAUUCUCUUCUUGAUAUGACUCUACCUCUAGAUUUGAUUUGGACACUGUGCUAUAUACCCGCAGAAAUCAGCCUUUUCCUUUGCCACUGCCGGAUUUUUUCUUUCCUCUUGCUGAAUGUAAAAUUCUUCAGCCAUGAUUGAAUAACUGUCAAGUGAAAAUAUGCUGAGUUGAACAGGGGUGGUUUACUGAGUAUGUUCAUUGGGCUGCUCUCUUCUGCAAUAAAACUGACUCACAGCAGCUGUAGCAACAGUUCCCCUGCCCCAUGCCCUUGUGAUCUCUGCACAUCACUGCAGUGUCCUACAGUGGCAUUUCGCAACUGAAGGAAAAGUGACCCUAAUCUGUGAAGUGGUAGCACAUGGUCCUCUGUAUGCCCUAUAAUCUACAAUUUGGCACACAAUGAGACAUUGUCAUGAAAAUAAGAUAUAAAAAAAUAUUGAAGAGGCUUUGUACAAGUGUGUCCCUGUUCACAAGUUUAGAUAUUUCUUGAAACAAGAAGUAAUGUGUACUAUUUGCAUGUGAAAUAUUGUGGCUAGAGACCUCUGCAUGGAAGAAGCAUCCUCGAUUUUGUGAGAUGUGUAAAAGUAUUGCCUAGUUAUUAAAGAGAAUUAGCUAUUAUUAAUAUAUUAACUAAGGGUUUCAGGCUUGUGUAAGUUGUAUAUCGUUUGUAAUCCAAGAAAAACUAAAAAAAAAAAAAGAAAUCAGUCUCCAUAUAUAUGAAAGUACCUAUUUUCAUAUCAAUAGUAUCAGAGUCAGACUUUAUGUAAUUCUCCUAGAACAUUUAUGGGUAGGAAUCACAGAGCGAUAGCCUUAUUGUAUACACCCAGUUUCUGUAGGAGUGGGAGAAAGACGAGGGUUUUGGUGACCAUGACGCAGAUUCUGCCCAUAGUGGGUCAGUAAAAUGUAUGUUAACUCACACCUAUACUUGACUUUAUGAUAUAACAGAAAUAGAUGAUGUGCUCAGUCCUUCCAAGCCAUCUCUCCCCUCAGGGGUUAUGCGAUGGGAAUGGAUUGUUCAUCGUUUACCAAUCCCCUUGCCUGGCUGGUGCCAUGUGGAGGGCUGGGGAGUUUACAGUGAUGUAGAAUAAGCAAUCUCCACUUGCUGGAGCAUCACGUUGUGGGUUUUCCCCCUGUAUUUCAAAUAUCAGUGGUUAUCCAGAAUAUUUCUGUUUUAUUGAAACUGACAACAGCUGAUGUCUUUGUGUAUGAUUGCUGUGCUUUUUAUGAAAUACCUUUUGUGUACGUAUAUCCAGAAAUGUCGUCCUACUAAUAUGGAAGAACUACACAGUUUUAAGUCGCUCACUGCACGAUUUUUGGAAAGUUGUUUGGCUCGCUUUACGUGUCUGUAGCCAUAUCGCUGACAAACAGAAGUGCUGCUGAAGUUUGUGUAUUUGGUAUUUUAGUGUAGCAGGUCAUAAAUCACAGGUUUUUAAUCCAUAUAGCCAGCUGACCUCCAGAAAAAUCAACACAGAACUAUUAUGUGUAUAUUUCAUUUGUAUGUGUCUGCUGGUAGAAUAGUCUUACCCCCUGUGGUGUACAUGUAUUUGUAAAUAGGUAAAAUAUAGCUCAGAUGGUAAGACAGCUACUUGGGAAAAAUGAAUUUUUGGGAGAAAGGCUCAGGGAUCCUGGAAUGAACUGUUCUUAUAGAAAGUGUGAAUCUGAUCUGUGGGUGAUUGUGUAUUUUGUAUGUGCCACGAGGGAGUUCAGUCACAUAGAACUAUACAUGUGUGAAGAAGGGGUAUCUGACACCUGGGGACAGCUGUCGCAUCGGCCGGGAUCGCUUUACAGUUGCCAUCAAAAUUAAUGACGUUACUGCACACACAUGGGAUCUGUCAUGUUCAAUCUAGUUCACUUCUUGGGGCAUACAUGGUAAGGGCAUUUUGACACUGUGAAAGACAAGUCGAUGAAAGCGGCCGCUAGCUUAUGUAAAGUGUAACAGUUUACAAUUUUGAAGGCCUGUAUUGAAGACUGUUCUAAGUGAUAUUAGACAGGUGUGAACGUGUAAGAAUGUCAAGCAGUGAUUAAGAUCUUUAAUAGGUUGAUGGUUUCCAUGCAUUCAUGGAGGGACUUAUGGUAGAUCAAUGUUUGGAUGGAAUUGAUUGUUGUGAAUUAGCAUGUAAUCACUUGUUGAUAUUACAAGUCAAAGACCAUAUUAAGAAUGUGCUAAGAAAGAAAUCUUAAGAAUUUGCUUAAUAGGUUGAACCAUUGAGAAACAGUUAAACAAAAGCUAAGAGAAAUAUUCCACUCAAAAAAAGCUCAUGAAAAUGGACCUCUUAUGUGUUACUUGCUCUUGCUUGACUGGUGCCCUAGGUUGUGGUUGGUUCUUCGGAAGAAGGGGGAAAUGUGGUUACUGUGCUCAAUUCUCUCUGGCCAGAGAAGAAGAAAUGUUGAGAAGGGAGCAAUAGGCCAUGUUGUAGAAUUAAACAGCACAGAGGAGAGGUAAAAUUUAGAGGGAAACAAAACAUCAGGCUUGGGGCACCAUUGCAUUCGGCUCUUGCUUCAGUAAAAAUUGACAAGACACUAUCUACUUAAAGAUAAAGUCAUGAGUGGAGAUAUCUCUUAGCUUACAUGUAACAGUCACCAAGGUCCUCAAACUAGCGAUUAAAAACAGCAUUCUAACUGAAUGAAAUUUGGCCGGUUUGGGCAGCCUUCCAUGACUGGCUCUGGUGGAGUGUUUUUGGUCUGUUAUGUAUACAGAACUGUGUAUACUUCUCUACAGAUUUGGAUGGACUGUAAAACAUUGGGUUGGACUUGUGUGUCAGAUACAGUGGGGAGUUAAUGGCUAACAAAACGUGCAGCAUACUUACACAAAGUCUGAAGAGGCUGGGAAGAGAGAACCUGGUGGUGUGUGUGUAGCUGUUUACCACUGACAAUGUAAAAUCCUCCUAACCCUGAAACCCCAUCCUGCCUGUUGGUGCAAGUAACUUGGUAUUUACAAGGACAAAGCUGGUCUUUGCCAUGUUGAGACAUGAUAGACUGAUAUCAUGUUGAACGUGUGACUUUUUGCCCUCAGAGUACUUGGGUCUUUUCCUCAUCCUCUUAAUGUUGAUAUUUUUAUGGAGAUUUCUUGAUAUGCAGGACGUUAUGUAUGAUUUCUACUGCAUUCAUUAAAGUUGAUUUUCUGCUAGACUAAAAAA